AAGUGGGUAUUUUUGUAAGAGAGUGGAGGUUGGAGGUUGAGAGAGAAAUGCGAGUUCAUCUAGGAGUGUGGAGUGUGGAGGUGGCAGAGGGAGGAAAUGUUGGCGGUAGAGAGAGAGAUGCGUGUUCGUUGAAGAGAGAGGAUGCGCAGCAGAGGUGGGGGCAUUGGUGGCAAAGAGAGAAAUGUGAGUUCAUAUAACAAGAAGAGCUGGAGAAGAGUAGUAGUUAUGGUAGUGAAUUUUAUAUUGGGAAGAAGAAAAAUUUUACCUCGUCUUCCCAAGAAUGUAGUUCAAGGCAUGAACUGCAAUCAGACCCACUUGAAUUGAGGAAGGGGGAUUGUAGACAAAACGAUGGAAGGAAAACAAUUUUUGAAGAGUGAGAAUUAUAGAAGAAGAGAAGAUGGUUCUAGUUCAUCCUAUUACUCAUAUUCGUCUUCUGGGUUUUGAGAGUGAUAUGGAAGUUCAGAAUAAGCAGGUGAGAUUCAAGGAAGAAUCAUCAAGUGGGUUUAGGGACUCAAGAAAUAGUGGGAAAGAUAAACUGGCGGGGGAAAUGGAAGUGGUUAGACAGCAUAAGAGGCAUAAAGAUGAUGCAGGUGGACAAGGAGCAACCUCAGAACAGAGAAAUACUGGCGUGAGGAAUGGUGUUGAGUGGGAGUGGAUGAAGAAGAAGAAGCUCACUGAAAUCUCAGAUGAAGAAAAAGAGUCGGAACAAAUCCUCACAAAUGCAUUCAUGAUUAUCAAGAACCUAUGGAAGUAAUAAUGGAAAGACAUCCAGCUCCCACAAGAAAAUCAAGGAUGAGGAAGAAAAUUUAAAAUUGGUGACCAAUCUGGACAAGGGAACAAGAAAGCAAUAUGAUCAAAUGGAGAAUCAAGUCUUUGAAGUAUCAAAACCAAGAAGAAAUUAACACCAGCAACCUACAGAAUUUCCCGAGUUCUGCGCCAGCAAUGUCGAGACAACUCUCUUACAAAAAAAGAAACUCCCACCAACUCUUUGAGACAUCCGAAAUUCAAGAAUUUAAUACGGAGACUGACACAAUGAGAUCGAAAGAUAAAAUAAGUUACUAUGAAGCAGAUUAAACAUAUUUAUUUUUUGUCAAAAAGUGGGUCAGCAUCAAAAGGCACUUCCUUGCUUUUGGAAAGGAUAAUCUAGGUUUUAAAAAAGAUACAAAACGUUUUAUCUUUACCUUCACCUUCUAGAGGCAUAAGCAGGUCUCCCAUUGUAGAAGUGUUUUCAGAAACCAGUAAAACUGAUGCACCUGGACCUGCCUCGGAAAGAACCUGUUAGUGCAAGAUUGACUGAAAUCUCAGGGUCUGAGGAAUAGACGAGGAAUUGAAACGAAGGAGACUUCAGCGGAACAAGCAAGUUCCAAGAGAUAGAUUUGAUGAAUGGGAAGAAGCAUAUAAACUUGAAAGUAAGCGGCAGAGAAUUGAUGAAAUGUUUAUAAGGGAGAUGCUGUUAGAAGCCAAGAAGGCUGCUGAUGCUUGGGAGGUGCCUGUUGGGGCUGUACUUGUGAAGCUUGGAAAGAUUAUUGCUCGUGGAUGCAAACUGAGAACGCUUUACGUAACACUCGAACCAUGUCCCAUAUGUGCUGGAAUCAACAUUCUUGUAUGGGGAGCACCCAAUAAGCUUCUUGGAGCUGAUGGCAGCUGGAUUAGACUUUUUCCGGAUGGAGUUGGGAAUGGGACGGAAGUUUCAGAUAAGCCAGCUGCUCCUGUCCACCCAUUCCACCACAAAAUGACAAUCCGAAGAGGUGUUGGCAUCAGAGUGUGCAGAUUUAAUGCUGCAAAUCUUCUAGCUGAGGAGAAGGAAGAAAGAGAAGAAAGAAGAGCCCCCUCCCCAGCCUUCACAUCUUUCUCUCACACCAUCCAUUAAGGAUGGUGUGAGAGAUGCAUGAUUAUCUUCCAUAUUUUCUGUCUGUAAGGAUGGGACUGGACACCGUAUUUCUUCAACUGGUUAACAUUAUAUUGAAAGAGCAAUGAUAGACUGACAACCAAAUUACACUUUGUUUACAACUUAUCAAUAAAAUAAUAUUUUUUUAAA